GAAAAGAUUUCUUGUAUAAAGCAGCUGAACAAGAAUGUCUACAGGUCCUUUCCUAGUUACCAGUGAGCAGACAUCACCUAUAACUGAUUUCUACCGUGGUCGAAGUCUCUUUAUCACCGGCGGCAGCGGUUUCGUAGGAAAGGUGUUAGUAGAGAAGUUUCUACGUUCCUGCCCUGACAUUGAAACCAUCUUUAUUCUGAUACGCCAUAAAAAAGGAAACAACCCAGCUCAACGUUUAGAAGCCAUCUUGAACUCGAAGUUGUUUGAGUCCGUACACGAAACAAGUCCAGAACUAUUAAGGAAGAUAGUGGCUAUUGAUGGGGACAUGACCCUUCCCGGACUAGGCGUGAGUCCCUCCGACUUGGACACUCUCAAGGAAAAAGUUUCCGUGGUUUUUCACUGCGCGGCAGCAGUUCGAUUCCAAGAACCUCUCAAAAUCUCCGUUGACAUGAACGUACUGGGGACAAAAAAAGUUAUUGAGCUGUGUAAAAAGAUGCCUCAUCUUAAGGCCUUGGUUCACGUCUCUACUGCAUACUGCAAUUGCAACAGAGAGGUGAUCGAAGAAAAAAUUUAUCCUUCUCCUCUGGAGGUUCAGAAGCUAGUAAACAUAACAAGUUUCUUAGAAGAAUUCAAACUGCUAGAAAAGUUAACGCCGAGACUACUCAACGGAUGGCCGAACACGUAUACGUUCACCAAAGCAGCGGCUGAGAACCUGUUUCAAGAGGAAUCCGUCGACUUUCCUGUUGCCAUAGUGCGUCCUUCCAUUGUCAUAGCAACCUGGAAAGAAACUCUACCUGGCUGGACGGAGACCUUCAAUGGACCGAAUGGGCUCAACGCUGCGGCUGCGACCGGUCUCCUACAGACUAUGUUGUGCGACUCCACUAAAAUUGCUGACCUAAUACCAGUGGACGUGGUAGUAAAUCUUAUGAUUGCCGUAGGGUGGCGCACGGCAACUCAUAGGACCAGCACCAUCAAAGUGUAUCAUUGUACGUCAGGUCAGGACAAGAAAUUAACAUGGGGACAGUUGAUAACUCUCAUGUUCCCGUAUGCUCUGGUCUACCCCACGUCUCACGUCAUUCGUCAUCCUCAGCUCAAAUUUACCACUAACCGACUAUGGAAUGCGAUCUGCAAGCUUUAUCAACACUACAUACCGGCUUACCUUUACGACCUCUUCCUUCGACUGCAAGGCGAAAAACCCAAGUUAGUUGGUCUUUAUACCAGACUCCACCGAGCAAUCAACACCUUGGAAUUUUUCUCUUUACGUGAGUGGACGUUUCUCAAUGAAAAUACAAAAAGAUUGUCUUUGGAAUUAUCUGGAAGGGACAUUGAGACUUUCAGCUUUGAUAUCAGUGACCUUGAGUGGAGCACGUACUUUGAAAAUUACGCCAAAGGCGUGAGGACAUUCCUAUUCAAGGAGGACUGGUCAACUUUACCUGCUGCAAAGGUCAGGCUAAGAAGAUACAAUACCAUCAGGAAAAUGAGAAACUUGCUAGUGUUAUUGAUAGCUUUCAGACUUUUACACAAAAUCUCUCAAACCUUCCGACACCUGAUGGCACUUUCCUUCAACUAUAUAAGUUCUCUAAUUUCGGUUUCCAUGGAGAUAGCUCAGUGAGUGUUAUUUUGCAUCAGCAUCGGUGAAGAGACGCCACAGUCGUCGCUUUGUUGCACAUCCACCAGACAGAACAGUCGUCGCUUUGUUUGACGUUCACCAGAAACAGCACAGUCGUCGCUUUGUUUCACAUUCACCAGAGACAGCACAGUCGUCGCUUUGUUUCACAUUCACCAGAGACAGCACAAUCGUCGCUUUGUUUCACAUUCACCAGAGACAACACAGUCGUCGCUUUGUUUCACAUUCACCAGAGACAACACAGUCGUCGCUUUGUUUCACAUCCACCAGAGACAACACAGUCGUCGCUUUGUUUCACAUUCACCAGAGACAACACAGUCGUCGCUUUGUUUCACAUCCACCAGACAGCUCUGUGAAUGAAGUUAACAAUUUUAUGGAAUUCAGAAGCUGAAUUGUCCACUUAUUGUGAUACAAAUCAAAGAUUUAUAGUUUGAUUAUCACAAAAGUGAAAUAAAACUUAUGUACUUUUAUCAUAGUUAGUAUAAUAGUAAAAAUAAUCAUAGUUAAAAGUAAAAUAAUAAAAGAUAAAAACAAAAUUAAAUACUAAUGACAUUCGAUAUACACACUUUCUCGAAUACAUUGUAUGUUAAAUACAGUAUUAUUUGUAAAUUUUGACAAUAGGUAGCAGCACUGUAGCACAUUAUAUAUUUGACAUGUAAUCUUAAAACUGGAAGGUCUUAUUUAUGCAUUAGCUGAAACCACUUUGAGAGUGAUUUGAUUAU